AUGAUCGACUGGCAAGCCACAGAGAUCCUUGCUGGCUGCCUAUUCACCGCGUUAUUUCUAGCACUUGUUUUGAUCGCUACCCAGUGCUUAGCGUCAUGUUUUGAUAAUUGGAGAAGUAGCAGGCGAAAACGCGAUCCAGAACGUCUUCCAGACGAUUAUGUGGAUGAAAUUCGACGUCUUCUCGAUAGACAUAAAAAGAUAAUGAGCGAAUACGAUUUCACUGAAGAAACGAAGGACGAGAGUGAGAUGGUUAAAGCGAAUGGUAAUGUCGAGAGUUCUCAACCAAUAACUGAAUCUGAAAUUGGGUCUCCGGUCAAAAUACGGUCGCGAACCAAUUCUGUGAAACUACAGAAAUUGAAGGAAGAAUUGGAAGAAUAUCGUAUCCAUGCUGACGAUCUUCCACAAUGUUCAAUGGAGAAAUGUGAAGCGAUUCGCCGAUCAUGGGGUGGUCUGAACGAUUUAAAAUUUGAUCCUGUGGAACUUCCAAAUUCCCUGGAUGCGGGUGUACAGACAACGGGAACACUGGAUCGCAUGCGAAUGGCUCAAAAAAUCGAAACCACUGUAUGA